AUGAAACUGAAAAAAAACAUGAAAAGUAGUAAGCAAUGGGUGUGUACCUUUCCUGGGUGCUCACAGACGAAGAUGACUCGGUACAACGCAGCGAGUCAUGUGUGGGACGCACAUCUGAGGCACGUCAUCUCAGUGACAAGUGUCGGGUUCCAAAAGGCGCCGAGUUACAAGAAGUUGAGUGACAGAAAAGCCGUCAAGAGUUUGGUCGAGAGUUAUAUGAGUAAAGUCUUUGAGAAGAGUGACGAGCAAAACGCUCCACCCAAUGAAGUGCAAAUGCCUCCAAAUUUUGUGCAACCAAAUACGGCAAAUGUUGCUGCAAUUUCGGGAGGUUUCGAUGCAAAUGAGCAAUCUAUAUUUAAUAGUUCCAAUAUUAUAAAUUUUAAUACCGUGUUGAAUCAACCAAUGCCGAAUUCAUUACUAGUCAACAACUAUGCCGAUAUGGUACAGCAGAAUCUUGAGGAUUCCAAGCAUCACUUCGAGUCUAUUGAGUUGAACAACGAACCCAAAUUUGUUAAAGUUGAAAUGGUGAAUGCCGUUCGGAGGCUUUGUGUCUUUGGGGAGGUUCUUGCUGAAUCCGGGUACCUUCAAAGGAGUGACGCGCGGUUUAAAACAGCGAUAGAACCAAUUAAAAAUGGAUUGGAGAAACUCAUUGAGUUAGUUGGAGUGAAGUACAACUACAAAGGAGAUAAGACGACUCGAGUUGGGUUUUUGGCGCAAGACGUUGAAAAGGUCUUUCCCGAAAUAGCACCGAAGGGCGUGAUGGUAGACCCUGCCGCUAUUCUCCCUGUUAUUGUGGAGGCGCUCAAAGAAAUUAAUGAAGGAGUGACCGACCAUACACACAACGAAGAGCUCCACACCAAAAUCUCUGAGUUGAUUUCUUCCAUUGAAAAUUUGAAGAUAAUGGAAGACGCCAUGACUGAACAAAAGACUCAAAAGUCCAGGUUUGAAUUUUCGUUGGGGCCCGCAGUGUUAACGGGGCCACUUGCUGUUGGGUUCACAGCGAUAUCCAUUUGGGUCAUAUUUGCAUUACCGAAGCUACCGGGCAUAUGGACUGUCUUGUUUUUAGCUUCUUCGUGCUUGUGGGUUUCGUUCUGGAGGAAAUACAAAGAGGUCAAGACAAGCAUUAAGAACAUCAAGUUGUAUUGGACGACAGUGAAUACGGCAUCUCUUGCGUUCAUAGGGUUUAUCACACUCAUUAGUGUUGCACUCUCUUUAGUGAUAGGAACACUUGGGUUGUUCAUUGGAGUGUUUGGGUUUCUAUCUGUCGGGUUAUUUGUUGGUGGGAGUGUGUUAGCGCCAAAGCGACUUGGGUGCACAUUAGAAAUCAUCACGACAAUUGUCAUCGCGUUUUUAGUCCUCCUCUUCUUGAUCACAGGCGGGAUGAUAUUGACACAACCCGGCUUUGAGUGUACAUUACAUGGGAUACACGGCAAUUUCAUCGAAGAGAUCGAAGUCGGCAAAAACAUGGAGCAACUACUUGUGAACAAGUUACCAUGGAACUGCUGGAGUGAUGGAAUGACCAUCAACGGGAAAUUGCCAGAGGGAAUUUCUGUCGGACAUGACGAAAGCUCGUAUAUCUAUGGCGUCGUUAAACAUCCAUUCAACGAAAGCACCGUUCAAGUCUAUGUGAGAUGUGUCGACGCUAUCAACUUUUUUUGUGCGUCCGUCAAAUUUGUGUGUAAAGACUGUGUUAAUACAACCUCCUAA